ACUUCCACUCCUUAAAUGUGCAGAUUAUAUGUGAUGCAAACAUGCGCAUAUUAAAUGUUGUGGCAGGGUUCCCAGGAAGUAGCCAUGAUGCCUACAUCCUCAGGAAUUCUGGUGUGUGGAGAUUGUUUGAGACAAAUCAAAUGCCUGAAGGACAUCUCCUCGCAGAUUCUGCAUAUCCUCUUAAAAAAUGGAUUUGGACACCAUUGAAAGAGAACCAGGUUGUUGGGCCUGCUGAAUUAAGAUAUAAUGAAGCACAUAUCCGAACACGUGCUAUAAUAGAACGACUGUUUGGUGUUCUAAAAAUGCGCUUUCGCUGCCUGGACAGAUCAGGGGGGGAUCUCCAAUUCAGUCCGGAAAAAGCUAUUAAAAUCAUAGUGGCAUGUUGCUGUCUACACAACAUGGCACAGGAGCAUGGGAUGUUGAACGACUUACUUCCAACACCACAGCCCCCAGGUGAAAUCUUUGAGCCUGAUGUAAUUAAUCAUCCCCAACCCCUCAAUGCCCAUUUGGAGAGAUCUGCAACUAUUCAAGAAUUCUUUUCAGAUUGAAGAUUCUCAGAAAUGGAAUACCACUCCCCUCCCUCUCUCCUCAUCCCUAUAUUUACCACAUUUUCCCUAAAUAAAUGUAUACUUUACUCAAA